UCAGACCGGUUCAGACAGCUCGCAGACUACGCACUGAUACAAGCAUUCGUGAUGUCUGAUGAAUCGCUAACUUAUUUUCGAAGGAUUUAGACUACCCAUUUCUACACGGAUUGAUGCUAUUUUUACCUCAAGAUGACAGAUAUAAGGAUAGUUCCCUUAGGGGCUGGUCAGGAUGUUGGACGUAGCUGUAUUCUUCUGACGAUAGGAAGUAAGAAUAUCAUGCUGGAUUGUGGGAUGCAUAUGGGCUUCAACGAUGAAAGAAGAUUUCCAGACUUUUCCUACAUCAACAAAAAUGGUGGAUUGACAGACCAUCUUGAUGCGGUUAUCAUUAGCCAUUUUCAUCUUGAUCACUGCGGAGCCCUCCCUCACAUGUCCGAGAUUGUCGGCUACGAUGGACCCAUAUACAUGACACAGCCCACCAAGGCCAUCUGCCCCAUACUCCUCGAAGACUAUAGGAAGAUAACCGUAGAGAAGAAAGGAGAAACCAAUUUCUUCACCUCACAAAUGAUCAAAGAAUGCAUGAAGAAGGUGGUGGUGGUGAAUUUACAUCAAAUCAUUCAGGUGGAUGACGAGUUAGAGAUAAAGGCUUAUUACGCCGGUCACGUGCUAGGGGCGGCCAUGUUUCACAUCAAAGUUGGGCAACAAUCGGUUGUAUACACGGGAGAUUACAAUAUGACUCCAGAUAGGCAUUUAGGUGCUGCUUGGAUAGAUAAAUGUAGACCCAACAUCCUCAUCACAGAAUCAACUUAUGCGACCACAAUCAGAGAUUCAAAGAGGUGUCGGGAGCGAGAUUUCCUGAAGAAGGUGCACGACUGUGUAUCGAAUGGAGGGAAGGUCCUUAUACCUGUCUUUGCAUUGGGUCGAGCGCAGGAACUCUGCAUACUACUGGAAUCAUAUUGGGAGAGGAUGAAUCUGAAAGCACCUAUCUACUUUUCUACUGGACUUACAGAAAGGGCAAAUCAUUAUUAUAAACUCUUCAUUACAUGGACAAACCAGAAGAUAAAGAAGACAUUUGUGAAAAGAAAUCUCUUUGAAUUCCAACAUAUCAAGCCGUUUGAUCGGGGGUACAUCAACAAUCCCGGGCCGAUGGUGGUGUUUGCCACGCCCGGUAUGCUCCACUCCGGACUCUCACUUCAGAUCUUCAAGCAGUGGGCUCCGAACGAGAAGAACAUGCUCAUUAUGCCGGGAUACUGCGUGGCGGGGACGGUAGGCCAUAAGGUGCUCAGCGGACAGAAGAAGAUUGAGAUGGAGAAUAGACAGAUGAUUGAUGUAAAGUUAUCAGUGCAGUAUAUGUCCUUCAGUGCCCAUGCUGAUGCUAAGGGUAUCAUGCAGUUAAUCCGAAUGUGUGAACCUAAGAAUGUCGUUCUGGUUCACGGUGAGGCCGGCAAGAUGGCAUUCCUUAAAGAGAAGAUCUGUAAAGAAUUCAAAAUCCAGUGUUACAUGCCAGCCAAUGGAGAGACGAUUAAUAUUCCUUGCAAGACGAAUCUGAUGGCAGAUGUUUCAUUGGGAUUGCUGAAGAGAAGCGCUUCACUUGCAGGCAUGACCAUGUCAGGACUCCCAGAAUCUAAGAAAUGCCAUACGAUGCAUGGAGCACUUGUCAUACGAGAUCAGAGGAUACAGUUAGAGGAGCCAUCUAAAGUCAUGCAGCAGCUCGGCCUGGUUGAACAUGAUAUCAGGUUCACCUCUACUGUAUCGACGUCGGCCUCAUCCAUGGAAGCACUUACAAAGAAGCUCAAAAGGAGAUUCCCUCAUGAAUCUGUUCAGCUGAUGCCAGAUGCCUCCAUCAUGAUGGGAUCAAUAUUACUUAAGAUGUCUAGUGAAUCAGAAGAGAGCUUAGAUCUACUCGUUUCAUGGCCGUAUCAGGAGGAGGAACUAGGCAGUUCACUUCUGAGUAUGCUACAUUCCCCCAAAACCUCAACAGUAGAAUGAAUGGAUGUUAUAAAUGAGACGCCUUGAAGAAAGUUAAAGGAAGGAAGCAAGAAAAGUUAGUGACUACAGAGUAUGCUUCAGUCCUAGACUUCAUAUUUGAGAAUUGUAUUUGUAAUACUUCAUGCAUGAGUUUAAUACUCUGUUGCAUUCUCAAAAGAGCUUGAAUACAGAAUGAAGAAUACAUAUUUGGAAAGAGAUGCCUUGAAGAAAUUUAAAGGAAGGAUGCAAGAAAAGUUAGUGACUACAAAUCAUGCUACAGUCCCAGACAUUCAUAUUUGUGGAUUGUCUUUUUUAAUACUGCAAGCAUGUGUUUGAUAGUCUUUCAUAUUUUCCCAAGAGCUUGAAUACAGAAUGUAGAAUAAUAUUUAGAAAGAGACGCCUUAAAGAAAUUCAAAGGAAGGAAACAAGAAAAGUUAGUGACUUUGAAUCAUGCUACAGUCCCAGACAUACAUAUUUGUGGAUUGUUAUGCUUAAUACUUCAAGCAUGCAUUUGAUACUCUGUUCCAUUCUCUAAAGAGCUUGUUUAGGAAGAGUCAUCUCAAAAAGAAAUUUGUUGGGUAGACUUUUAUGUCACUCAGGCCAGAUGACAUCCCAUUGAGAUUCUAUUUUCUCCACACAUUGCGCUUCACCCGUGCAAAAUCAGUGGGUGAAACCGCACUA